AUGGACGCCGAAUCCCUUGCUGAGGGCACCCAGGAGUCUCAGGCCACUCGACGUCUAUGUUGUCUUGAACAAGUGAUUCGGAGAAUCAGCAUUGAAUUGGCCAGAUCCGAAGAAGUUGCGGACUGGGAAAUGGAUCAAAAGUACGAAAUGGAUCAAGAUGACCUCGCCUUCAUCAUGGCUACUCUUCGAAAGUAUCCAGCCAUGGCGUCCCGCAAGUUUCAUUACCAAAAUCACUCCGUAGACCUCAAAUGUUCCCCUACGUUUUGCCACCCUUUUGCCCUUCUGUUGAUGGCCAAGGCUCCCCUUUCGUAUAUCCGAGAGGUCUACCUCAUGUUCCCUAUGGCCAUUCAAGAGCCAUUCGAAAGCACCAGGCAGCCGGAUGCAUCAUUUCCACUCACUGUUGCUCUCAUGAACCGGCAACAGGAAUUACCCCUCAUACAGUUCCUUGUCGAUGCUUUUCCCGGAGCUCUCUUUCAAGCACCAGUGCAGCCUGUCCCAGAGGAGGGAACCUUUGAGAUUCCCAAUGACCACCUCAAGGAACCUGAGGCUAUCAAGUACAUCCUCCACAAGUACCCUCAGGCUGCAUUUGUGGCAAACAUUGGGGACGGGUUUUCUGAAGGAGACUUGCUAUGGAAGCAUGAUGACGACUACAUUGUAGAUCUCGUUGUGGAUGCUAUGGCUAGGGCAAAUCCAUCCAAAAAAUAUGUAUACUGCCCAGAGGGAAGUAUGACGUAUGACUCUGAGAAGCUCUGGAAACUUGCAAAAAUGGUUCCACAUCUCAAAGACCUCACCAUUUUUGUAGACCAACCAAGUCAUUUGCAUAUCAUUAGAGACAUCAUGUGGGACAACUACCAGACUACCAGACUUCGAAUUCAAACCAGCGUUCGUGAUCCAUGCACACAAGACUGUUGGGUUUCAUUGCAAGGUCUUCUUCGCCAUGACAAGACACUGGAGAUACUCGAGAUCGUUUCAUCUAGUAGAAGGCGGCCAGGCAUCGAUUUCUGCAUCGAGCCAAUCACAUCAGGACUCAUGAAGAACGGCACGGUGAAAUCAGUGCGCCUGCACGGAAUGGUGAUUCCACACACAUCAGAUGCUAUGCACGCCGAGCGGCUCUUAUUUGCCCCAAACUUGUCAAAGGUGGAGCUCUCGAAGUGUGCGUGGCCGCAGGAGCCACCCUCUCAUCUGUGCCAAACGUUCCAAACAAAAAUGAAAUCACCUCUGACACAUUUGUGGAUCAUUGACGUCAACAUCUCCGAAAUGUACCUCUCCCGGCUUCUGGCGUAUGCGUCGCUAGCAAUGCCUCAUCUGAAGUCAUUGAGACUUCAGCUAAACUCCGCCCUGGAUUUCGAUGUUAUGGAGCCAUUGCUGUCCAUCUUGGCGGGGCCUUCACUAAAGCUGUUGGAAACAGGAAACCUGACAGUCAAGGUCAACAUACUUUUGGAGGCUUUGGAGACGAAUACUACGCUCACUCAUCUCCAAUGCAGUGCCAUCACAGGGAAUCAUGGCCAGAGUAUUGUGGACUUGCUGGAAAAGUUCAACUUCACUCUGCAGCACAUCGGAGCUCCGGAAGGCUCAGCGGGCAUUCCGUUCCAACUACAGCAUGCAGCCAAAAUUGACUACUACACGGGAAUCAAUGCUCAUGGCCGCGCCAAAGUCACAGAAUCUAUCAGCUUACAAGACCUGGUGACUCUCUUGACCCCGACCUUCUCCGCAGCGGCAGGGGAAACUGAAGUAAGCAUCCAGGAGAAGUUGGACAAAUGGGCCGCCCCUGGUCGAGUCCAAGUGCCAAACUACGAAGAUCUCCUCCUCCAGAGCAAUUGGCACACCUACGAAUUGAACCUCUUCAAUCUGCAGAAUUAUAUCCUUCGUCACUCUGUUUCGGUUUGGAGUAAGCCUACACCAAAGCCUCGCAGACUUGAACAGCCAACAAAUCUGCAGCGGCUCCAGUUCCGCUCUGGCCCCAACCCAGCACCAACGGCCCAAGUGCCGGGCCCAUAUCCUCCUGGAAGUCAAGCUUCUUGGUGGCAGGGUCACAUGCUUCCUGGAAUGGCCGGAGCUCGUGUGUACAGCCAACAUGGAUACCCGCCACCGGUGCUGGCGCCAGUCUAUGGCCCGCAUCCUCCUGGAAGUCAAGCUUCUUGGUGGCAUGGACAAGUGCCACCUGGAAUGGCAGGAGCUUGUGUGUACAACCAACAUGGCUACCCGGCACCGGUGCUGGCUCAAAUCAAUGGCUCCCAUCCUCCUGAAAGUCAAGCUUCAUUGUUCCAGAGCAUGCCAGGAGCAACUGUGGACAACCAACAAGGCUACCAGGUUCAGGUGGCGCAACACGAUUCCUGUUCAUUGAAUGAUGGUUCCACCAGUCCUUCGACGUCCGGCAAUUCGAAUGUCUGUGCUUGGCUUUGUUGCUGGUGGAGAACAGGCUCGGAAUCUGCAAGUUCCGGCUGCGAGCACUAG